AUGCUUUGGGUGUGGGAAGUUGGUCAUUUCAUUGCCGAUUGCCCCAACCCAAAGAACAAGAACAAGGGUGAGAGGAAGGAGCAUGGCAAAGGAAAGAAGAAGUACACGGGUGAAGCUCACCUUGGUGUGGAGUGGGACUCAAGUGAAGAAUCAUCCUCCAAUAAUAAGGGUGUGGCAACCAUGGCCGUGGAAGCUAACAUCAUCAAGUCGUCACUCUUUGGAAACCACACCGAUGAUGAAGAUGACUUCACUCCCACUUGCUUCAUGGCAAAAGGGGCAAAGACCUGGUCAGAGGAUGAUGAGUCCUUGAUCGAUGGCGAAGAUCUCCACCUCCUCCUCGGUGGUGCCCUGGAGGAAGAUGACAAGGACGACGCGUCCUGGGAAGAAGACUUUUUCUUCUCCUCGGAAGAAGAAGCUGAUUCCUCAUCAACCGAGGAGGACUCAGUGGCAGGAGGCUUCCUCCUUGGCAGAUCAUCGGAGGAUGACGAUGAUGAUGAUGACGACGAAGAAGCCGAAGACAGUAGCAGCUUCAGCAGUGAUAGUGGCGGAGACGAUGGCGGCGAUGUUGACGGCAGUGGUGAUGACAGCGAUAUCAGCAUGGCUCCACCGAUCAAGCACCGCAGAUCCUCCGGCACCUACUGGUGGUUGACUAUAGGAUUAAGCUGA